AUGGAGACGACGAUGGUGCUGAUGGCGCUGGCGCUUCUACUAGUGCCGCUCAGUGUCUUCAUGUGGCUGGCGCCGUACCAACGGUCGCUCGCAAAGAAGCUCCCGAGCCCGCCCUUGCUCCAUACGCUCUUUGGCCAUGCGAGCGGUGUCAUGGGCAUUGACUGGACGACCGGCAAUUACCCCGAGCCAGGCGUGAGCUGGCUGCGGCGCUACGGGCUCGCGUAUUACCACCGCGCCAUGCACAUCCAGAGAAUAACGCUCGCCGACCCGGUCGGGCUCAAGCACGUGCUCGUCACACACAGCAGCAAGUACCCUCGCGACCACAUUUCCCGCACCAUUUUUUCGAAAAUGUUUCGAGGCGUCGGCCUCCUCUCGGCCCACGGUGCAGGUCACGCCGCGAUGCGCAAGCAGCUCAACCCGCAUUUUACGCAUUUGCAGCUCAAGAGUUUUGUGCCAAUUUUUGAACGGCACGCGACGCGCUUCCGGAAGGCGCUCUUGGCACUGCCGCCGCUCACGCCCAUCGACCUCCCUGCGCAGUUGACGCGGCUUACACUCGAUAUCAUCGGCGUUUCCGCCUUUGGCUACGACUUUCAGGGUGUUUUGAACAGCACGAGCGACGAGCUUCGCGCUUACGACGACGCAAGGCUGCCAUCAUCGCUCGUCCUUACCCUCGGGAUGACGUAUCUUCCAUUUUGGGAGUACCUUCCCUUCGCCGACAUUGCCAAGCGGCGCCAUGCGACCGACACGCUCCAGCGCAUUGUCUUGCGCGUCAUCGAGGCAAAGAUGCUAGCGCCCACCACCGUCUCCAACGACCUCCUCGACUUGCUCUUUGCAUCGGGACCGCGCUUGACGCCGGCCGAGGCGUGCGUCCACGUCAUGACCUUUCUCCAAGCCGGGCACGAGACAACGAGCAACACGCUGUGCUGGGUGCUCGCCAUGCUCGCAAAGCACCCGAGCGUCGCGGACCGCGUGCACGCCGAGUGCAAAAUCGUCCUCGAGCGCUUUCCCGGGCCGUUGCCGUCCGAAGCGCUGGGCGAACUGCCGUACCUCACUGCGGUCCUUCAAGAAACGCUGCGUUGCUACCCAACUGUGCCAGCGCUCGCCGCUCGCGACGCGCUCGAAGAUGAUACCAUUCCGCUCCAGGAUGGAUCGACGCUGUUUGUGCCGGCGGGUACGGCGAUUUGGAUUGAUAUUGUCGCCAUCCACCGCAACCCUGCUUUUUGGACGAAUCCCGACGCGUUCCUACCAGAACGCUUCCUCGAUGGCAACGCGCUUUCUGCUGCCGACAAGGCGCUGCGCGUUGGCAAAAGCAGCACGUUUUUCUAUCUCCCGUUCGGCGCAGGCGACAAGAACUGCAUUGGCCAGCGGUUUGCGAUGAUGGAGAUGCAAGUGAUCUUGCUGCAUCUUCUCGCGUCGCACACGUUUCCGCUGACUGAACGCGCGUGUGUGCACCCCAAGCGAGACAUUGCCACCAUGACGCCUGUGUGCUUGGAGACGACGUUCGAGUGUCGCCAGGCCGUCGCUGCAUCCUCGUAGCCGCCACCAAUUCCGCUUUCUUGUUUUUAUAAUCGACAACCGAAACGUGUUGUAUCAAGGUACCGA